AUGCAGAAUAGUAAUCCAAUGGGAAAUCCAAACAUGCCACCGGGUGGUUAUCCGCCCCCGAACCAAGGCCAACUCCAUCAGCAACAACCAGGCAUGGGCUAUUAUGGACAGCCAGGUCCUGGGCAGCCACAGCAACCUCCAAUGGGUAUGCAAAGCCAGCAGAUGAUGAUGGGCGGUGGCUCGUCAGGAAUGUCGAUGGGUUAUCAGAGUGGUGUACCGCAAAUGAUGCAGCAGCAACCUGUUCAACCAAAUCCUCCUGCCUCAAUGAUGCAACAGGCAAUAUUCGGAGCGCAAGCAUCAGCGUCGCGGCAACCGUUUUCGGGAUCAAGCGCGAAUCAGCCGACGGGAUUCAGCAGUUCAUCCUCAGUGUCGUCAAUGGCGAUGGGUGGAGUACCAACGCAAGGACCGCCAUCGUAUCCUACCCAACCA